CGGGGACCCGCCCCGGUCUGGCGCGCGCGCGGGUCACGUGAGCGGCGGCGGCGUCAGCUGAUCGCGACGCGGCGGCGGCGGCGGCGGCGGCGAUGGACUUUCUGCUGGGGAACCCCUUCAGCUCCCCCGUAGGGCAGCGUAUCGAGAGAGCUACUGAUGGGUCCCUGCGGAGUGAGGACUGGGCUCUCAACAUGGAGAUCUGCGACAUCAUUAACGAGACUGAAGAAGGGCCCAAAGAUGCCUUCCGAGCCAUUAAGAAGAGAAUUGUAGGGAAUAAGAACUUCCAUGAAGUUAUGCUGGCUUUGACGGUCCUGGAGACAUGUGUCAAAAAUUGCGGCCAUCGCUUCCAUGUCCUUGUGUCCAGCCAGGACUUUGUAGAAGGUGUCCUGGUGAGAACAAUCCUGCCGAAGAACAAUCCGCCUGCCAUAGUGCAUGACAAGGUGCUGACCCUCAUCCAGUCCUGGGCGGACGCCUUCCGCAGCUCACCGGACUUGACAGGUGUCGUCGCUGUCUAUGAAGACCUGAGACGGAAGGGUCUGGAGUUCCCCAUGACUGAUCUGGACAUGCUGUCACCCAUCCACACACCACAGAGGACUGUGUAUAGCUCUGACUCCCAAUCCGGACAGAACUCACCUGCGGUCAACUGCCCUCAGCAGAUAGAGUCCAUCCUCCACCCUGUCACCCUGCCCACCGGGAGAGGCACAUCCAGCGAUGCGCCCAUCACACCCACACCAGAGCAGAUCGGGAAGCUGCGCAGUGAGCUGGAAGUGGUGAAUGGGAACAUGAAGGUCAUGUCGGAGAUGUUGACGGAGCUGGUGCCGUCCCAGGCCGAGCCUUCUGACCUGGAGCUGCUGCAAGAGCUGAAUCGGACAUGCAGAGCCAUGCAGCAGCGUGUGCUGGAGCUGAUUCCCCGAGUCCUCCAUGAGCAACUCACUGAGGAGCUGCUCCUCAUCAAUGACAACCUCAACAAUGUGUUUCUGCGCCAUGAAAGGUUCGAGCGUCUUCGCACAGGACAGCCUGUUAAGGCACCAAAUGAGGCAGAGAACAGCUUGAUUGACCUGGGACCCAGUCCUCCUUCUGCAGUGAGACAGCCUGAAGUCACCAACAAUCUCUCCUCUCAGCUGGCUGGAAUGAACCUGGGCUCGAGCAGCGUAAGUGCGGGGCUGCACACCCUCGACACCUCUGGCAAGCUGGAAGAAGAGUUUGACAUGUUUGCCCUGACCCGUGGCAGCUCGCUGGCUGAGCAGCGCAGAGAUGUGCUUGAGACAUCCUGGUGUAACACUAAGAGUUGGGUCUCCAUAGUACUGGCUGAACUGAAGAGGCCUAUUUUCUACUGCAAAGAGUGGAUUCCUGAAUCCAUGUUCUGGGAGGAGCCGACAAGAGCUGUGCUGACCAGAUCCCUUUGGCUGUAGAGACUGUGGCUGAUCUCACACUGUUUUGCCUGUCAGAGUCAUCCACUGUUCUCCACCGGUCACCAAGCAGUAGAGCUCAGAGGCACAUGGCUGCCUCCAGCCCUCAAAGAGCUGUGCUCCUGACCUCCAUCCACUGGAGGGCCUUGUUCUGCAGCUGGGCAGUAGCAAGUUAAGGUCUCUUAAGGUUGUCUGCUUUCAUUCCUCUGCCUCAGACUGCUUCUGGUAAAAGUGGUGCGAAAACCCGUGGCCUACACGCAACUUCAUGUGUUUUGCCCGUGGGUUUCCCCACCACUUUUACUGUGGGGUGUACUGCCUGAGGACAGAGGCAGUCCAGACAAAAACAGUGGUGCUGACACCCGAGCCACUGGAAUGUGCUCAGUGCUGGAGGCUGGGGGAGAUCUGGGCAGGGGUGGAAUCGUAUCCUCUCCACUGUGGCGCAAUCUUUAACAGACUGCGGCUUGUGAUCUCCGCCCAAGUAACGAGACAUCUUCUAUUUAUUCCUCACUGCCCUCCAUCUGCCCGCACUUGCACUCCUGCCAGGUAGCCUCUACUCUCACUGUCUCAGGCUUCACAUUUCACUCACCAGCCUCUGCUCUCAGUGUCUCCCUCCGCCUGAACAGACCCAUUGCCCUGCUGCUCCUGGACGGGACGUGCUGGCAGGAGACACAGGCAGGGCUGCUGGGGUUUGUUCCUGACCCUCCCAUGCUUCAUGUCUGUCUCAGCGAAGCAGUGCUUGAAACACCUCAAGCCUUUUCUGCCAUUCUUCCUCAUCAGUGGCAUGAUAGCAGCAUUGUACUUCAUCCUUGAUGCCAUUGUCCACAGCGGCCCCUUCACUGAUGAGCACUUCUUUGAGAAGUUUGAGCGCCGGUGGCCCAAGCCCCUGGCCCCCAACAAAAACAGCUCCACUUGAUGGUCUGCUGGAUCUGCGGCAAGGGGCCUGGGAGCAGCUGGAGAAGAGGCUUGCAGAGAGUUUCUGGGAGAGGCUUCAUUCUCCCAGCAAGGAUGGACUGUUUUCCCCACUCUGCAUGGAUCAAAUGGUGACGUGUGGCAUUAGCAUGUGUGGUAGCAGCCUAAAGGGGACACAGAAAUGGGAUGAGGGAGAUUAUGGGUGAGACGUGUGUCUGUGUGUGGAAAGAGGUUGCUGUAAUGGUGCAUUUGGAGACCUUGAAACAACACUAGGCUCUUCUGAUCAUCCAGUCUCACCUCCUAUGUAGCAUAGACCAGUGAGUCUCUGCCACCAUCAGUUCUUGAGUGGUAUCGGUUAAAGAGAUGUUUUUGAGCUGUGUUUGUGUCUGUGAAGGUAGGUGAAUAUGUAGGGGCUUGUUACUCGAAUCCUUUCUAAAGUAGCUGUAGUUUUCUGGUCAGUCUGUGUUAGUUAUCUCUCUUCUGUAGUCAAGCCCAGAGAAGAUGAAUGUGAAGAAGAUGAAUUCACCUAGCUCUGUAAGUCUGUGUUUUAGCCUGUUGGAUGGUUGUUUUCAUAUGAUGCCUUGUCAUCCUCUUGUCAUGUGCCAGGCCUGUCCUGUGGUGUCCCACAGUGAUGUUGCAGUGAGGAGAUUAGUCUGGUUUUUGGUGAGCUACAUCUUUAAUAGGGGUGCUGCAUACCUUUUCUAGAAGCUCUUGGGAGCAGAAUGAUGAGAGAUGAAAAGUGUUGCAGUCAGAAGCACUGAAUAUAUGUUUAGGAGUUCCUGCUUUUCACUCUCAGGCAUCUCAUCAGCCUGUGUGUUAUUUAACUUCAUGC